CAACGAGUCUGACAAGAGAAAACAAGCAGAUCCCAACCAUUUGCCAUCAUGAGAUUUCUUGGUCUAAUCUGUACGUUUGCUGCAUCAAUAACCAUAGGUAAGACUCUUAUCUCUUUAAGGUCCAUUAGAAAAUACAUGAGGAGGAAAUUCUUUUAGGAAUCAGCAUAAGGAUAUAAUUCUUAAUAGCAGAACUAUGGACUUGUGUGCCCUUCCUAUUUCUUUAAUUAGGUGAACUUGCCAUUCUCAUGUUGUAUGAUGCAUAAUGAGUUCACUUUCUGGUAGUUACAGAUUAAAUCUAUUUUGUACACUGGUUGGAUCAAUCACCAGCAAAUGUAUAGAUUAAAAGAGCUGCUCUUGUGGGUAGUAUUUCCUCCAAUUCUAGGAUGACAUCCUGGAACUGAGAGGAGGUGGCUCGCUGACCCCAUAUGAUACCUGAGCCACCAACAAGUCUGCCCAUUUUUACUGUAUGUAGUCUUUAAAGCUAUGCCAAUGGCAGAGGAGAAACAUUUGCAAACAUCAAGAAUGUGAAAUUCCCUGGACCCUCCCCCCACCUGGCUCCCUGGCGUGCAAUCAAGCCCCCCACCCCAUGCAGAGGGAGAAGUAAAAUAGAGAGGGCUCUAGUGCAUACAUUUUUUGGGGCCCCCUUAUUGCAAGGGUGGCCAAAAGGUAGAUCCAGUAUGUUUAUAUGAAUGUAGGGGUGUGUUUGUAUGUAGAGAUGGCAUUUGAAAGCAAGCAUGCAUUUAUGUGUAGUGUUGGUUUUAUUUAUAUAUAAUUUUGGUGUUUAACAAAGAGAUGUUUUUGUAUGUACUGUUGAAGUUUGAGUGUAUUUGUGUGUAGUGUUGGAAUUUUAAUGCUGAGAUGCAUGCACAUAUACACAUGCACUUCCAAACAUACAAACACACACUGUAAUACACAUACACACGCUGAAACUCGUGCAGAUAAACAGAUACACAUACUGACACAGAUGUAGCUAUACAGACACAUAUACACACACUGACACAUAUGCACACACUGACAGACGCACAUACACAACACUGACAACACAGAUACACACACUGACACACAUACAACUACACUAAUACCACAGAUACAUACACUGACAACAUACAGACACACAGAUACAUAACCUUACACACAUGCAGAUACAAACAAUGACACAGACAUACUGACACAUACACAGACAUAUUGGCACAGACAUACAGAAAAACACACACACACAGACAUACUCACACACACACACACACACAGAGACACACACACAAACUUUACACUUUUAAAGCCAGAUUCCUACCUUUGCAGGUACCUUUCCAGCGGUCCAGUGUGCUAGCAAGGAUGCUUGGGAGUUGGGGUCUGGCUCUCCUUGCUGAGUCCCUCCUAGACACUGCCUCCUGGCUCUGCCUCCCGUCUCUGUGGGAGGAAUUGACUCACGAGCGUCACUACCUCUGAUGCUGCCAUUAAGGGGCUCGGUCGUGCUGUUAAAGGGCCACAGUGUCGACCGUGCCCCUGCUCAAACAUGCUCACCGGGUUGCCCCUUGUGUGUGGGCCCCGGUGCAGCCCCAAUAACAGCACGUGUGCCCAUGGGGGGAAAAAAUCAUUUUCUCUGGAUGGGGCGGCGGGGCCACGGCGCAGCUUCAUCCCCCAGGUGUAAAUGGGCCCGUUUGGACCGCGUUAAUGACGGCAAUGGAGACACAUGUUCUAUUAAUUUUCCCAUGCAUUCUGUAUUUUAGGUAACUGUCUACUCUGCACAGAGUGCUAUAAUAACACAACUCCCAACUGUGAAGGCUCCAUUGCUACAUGUGCAUCCUGUCUGACAAUUAUCACAGAAGAAGGCCAUGGUAUGUACAAAAAUUAUAGCGCGGUAAUCCACAAGACCUUUUCAUCAUUUAUUAUCAUACAACAUUCAAAUGGGCACGCUAUGUAUGAAACGUCCUAUACAAAAGGUAGAUUAGGAUAAAAAUGUCUUAUGCUUAUGUAGAAUGUACAACGUGAGACUGAUUGAAAUUUCUAUCAAGGGGGGAUUUUUACCAUUUGAUUUACGCAAUUUGACAAACUUUUUGCAGGUGAAAGUUGCUUUUAUUGUAGUUCAGAGCUAGCUGAACAAAAACAAGAUAUCAAAGUAAAUUCAGUAUAAUUCAGUACUACCGACGGUACAACCGAUGUAACCACACCAGGGCCCAAGCGGGUCAAGGGGAAGAUGCCCAUUGCUCUCAUGGCCUUCUUGAAAGCAAAAAAUCUUACUUGGGCCUUGUCUACACAACCACUCACAAGAAUACAACUUUAAAUUAUCAAUAAAAUUAAUCUUAUAUUUAGUGUUUAAACAUUAAAAAAAAAAAACACAAACAUUUGGACAAUAUAAUAGAAACCUUUAAGUUGAAAAAAGAAAUGUAACUUGAAAAUGGUACUCAGUCAGUAAAUCAUGCAGACAAAGAUGGCACAAUACAAAAUUACCAUGAAUUAUUUAUUAUUAAGCAAGUGUUCGACAGAAAGAUUUAUCUUUGCGGAGAAUUGCUUUGUAAUUGUCUUUUACAGAUAUCUGCUGAUACUGAGAUGAUUAGUUCACCUAAUUUUUUUGAAUAAAAAAGGUUCUGAAUAAAUCUCCCUGAAUGAAUGGGGCCACUAUGCUUGUGAGGCCCCGGGCAACUGCCCAGCAUGCCCAUGUGUAAAGAUGGUUCUGAUUGCUAUCAUAGACACCAUGAAUCCCUUACUGACCACACUGGCACAGCUGGAGGGUUCAACACAGGAAAAAAAAGAAUCCAGGGAAACAGUAAAGCUCAUCAGGGCUAGGGGAAGGAAAUACAUUUCUGGAAAAGGACCAAUCAGGGUUGGGUUAUAAAAAAAAAGAAAUAAAAUACAUAAAUAUUGAAUAUCCCACAGAGCACCAUUAAAUCCAUUACUAAAAAAACAAAACAAAACAAAAACAUGAUGAAUAUGACACAACUAAGAUGAGAUGGUCAUCCAUAAAAACUUAGCCAGAGAGGGGUCGAGGGUAACUUUAAGGUAGCUGGAGAGAUCCACAGCUGACAUGGUCAGCACAGUAUUUAUCUACUGGAGGAUAAAGGAGAACUACAGGCAGGUGGAAGUGAAGGUAUGUAAAACUAAUUAAUCUUAGAUAUCACAGAGCAAAUAAGGGUGGACAGUAAUGAUAAAUCAUAAAUUGAUAAAAUUGAACCUAUAGCCCCGAAAAAACAAUUGUUAUUUAUGGGACUAUAGAUUCCCAUUAAAGUAAUGAGCUGUUAAUCCCUUUUUGACAACGUAAUACCAUAUUCACGACUUCUGCCUUUCAUUUAAUACUCCCAUUGCAAGUUUCUUUUGCCCUACUAAGGGGUCUCUUACACGCUACCUAAUCUUGUAAUGCUAUGCCAAGAAUUCCACAAUGAAUAUAUUUGUUGUCCUUGCAGGAAAUGGCUCUGUAUCUAUGAUAGAGAAAUCCUGCAAUCUGUACCCUGAAGUGUGUAACAUCUCCUACAGUGUGACCGCUGACAACUUCCAUCUGGGCUUCGUAUCGUCUUGCUGUGACACAGACCUCUGUAAUCAUGAUACUAUCGUGGGUAAGCUCACCAACCAUGCAAUGGCUCCCUAGACUAAGGGUGUCAAACACUGGAGCCUUGCCCAUUUUAAUUUUCUCGGUUUUAUAAAAACAAACAAAUAAUUUAGACAUAUCCCCAAUGGAAACAUGCAUGCAUUUUUAUGAGUACUGAAAGUUUAUGGGCAGUGAUAAACACACAGAUAAACAGAAAAUCUUGCUCACAAAGUUCCUUGUUUUUGUCUCUGCUGCAACAUUUUCCCUGGUAAAAGCUUCCAGCAAAAGUUCAGUAAUCUUCUAAUUUAUGCAUUUUAAGUUCACCAAUUUUUUUAAUUAUCUCUGUUUUUAGAGCUAUAACAUACUGUGCAGUGCUGUAUUGCAAGAUUAAAUAUCUUUUUACAUUUCCCAGCUCCUACCAAAAAUACCACGGAGAAUGGAGUGGUGUGCCCAUCGUGUGUGCUGCAAAAUGGAACAGAAUGUGUUACCAAUCAGACCAUGAGAUGCGUAGGAGACGAGACUAGAUGCAUUAGCUUCUCGGGAAAACUGUUUGAUCAAGGUAAUUCAAGGCUUAGGGGAAAGGCUAAACCACUAAUGACAAAUGCAGACAGAAGCAAUUUGAAGGCUUGGUGGGAAAAUUACUUCAGAAUGUUUAGAAAAUAUUAUUUUUUAUUAUUAAUGGUCCAAUUUCUCUUUUGUGCUUUGUUUUGUUUUUUUUUUUUGAUUAUUUAUGAAUUCAACAUAAUGCUUUUUUCAGUUCUAAAAGAGGAUGGAUCAAAAAGUCAGACAGUCCUUAUAUUUACAGUGCAUCCAUUUUGUUUAUUGGGGCAUUCAUCUUUGGGACCAGGUUGUAUUAACUGCAUAAGCAGUCACUGUACGUUACAGUGUCAAAGAAUCAGAAAGAAAUUGGGAACCUGGGAAAUUAUAGAGAAAUGUGAUAGACCGGGCAGGGGAUGGAUCUCAAACAUGAAUAAUGACCAUAUUGAUCUGUAAAGAGAGAAGUUGAUGGUAAAAUAUAGGUCUAUUGAGAGCCUCUCCUGUAUAUAUAAGGUCCGAUGAUUGAAGACAUUCUAAAGAACUCAUAAUUUCUUUAUCUCCAGGUUCCUGCAAGAACCUCACCCUUCAAGGAUGUGUCACUGAGAAUGUGUGCAAAGCUAAGCACCUUCCCUUGUAUCCGAAAACACAACUUUGUGAAUUUCAAAAUCUUAUGUGUUCUGAAGGAAGCAGCACCACUUCUAACAAGUGUUAAGAAAAUAACACAGCAUAUGAUUGCUCAUGAAUGCGUACCUCCCAAAAGUUCCAGAAUCAGAAGGACCAUCUCGAUUUUGGGCUUUUAUCUCACAGUCCUAGUUUGGUUCCCUGGUGUCCCACAUCUGAAGACACCAAGGAACCGCCACCAAUCCACGUAAUGUAAUGCAUUAUUGGACUUGUGCAUGUUAUGCCAAUUAGACGCAUGGCCCAAGAUCAUGCCCAGAGUGCUUAAAAAGCAUUUUCCUGUGCCUGAAAUCUGAAGGUUCACAUGUCCAUGUUUGUGGGUGGUUUGAUCUUUUGGGCAGAUUUUUCUAAAUGGGUAUCAUCAGCGAUGCAUGACACAUGACUGCCCAGUCUCAUUUUGUCCUGAUUUCCUACCACCUAGUGUUCAUAUGAGGUACAUGAAUGUUCAUAUUACAGUGUAUUGAAUCACCAAUUCUCUAAAUCGCUAAACUUGGGAUCCAUGAGGUGUAUUGGUAACGUAUCAUGUCAUUAAUUUGAGUACAUAAAUG